UCCCCUGUAUGUUAUCACGUCAACUGGCCAUAGCAACUGAAGAAGCUGGGAGUGGGAAGGUGAACGAUAUGUGAAGGCAUCUUGGGAAAACGUACCGUUGGAUUCCUUGUAAAAUAAUCAUUAUUCAUCAUGAACGUGGGCUUUGCACUCGUUCUCCUCUGGUCUCUCUCAAUAACCAAUGUGGUUGCAGAGCUGUCUCUACCUCAGAACCUGACUCUGCUCACCCUGAACACACAGUACAUACUGACAUGGGACUGGGACCAGACGACCACAGGCAACGCUGUUACCUUCACUGCAGAGUACAUAGCAAAGUACAAGAUGAAGAAGAAGAAGAAGAACUGGAGCCGUGUGUGUGAAGGGACCACACACACCCGCUGUGACCUCACAGGUUCUGAUCUGCACUACCUGGGCAUGUACAUGCUCAGAGUCCGAGCCAGCGCAGGCGGUCUCCACUCACACUGGGUCUACAAAGACUUCUGCCCUGAUAUAGACGCUUCAUUGGGCCCACCAUCCAGGGUGGAGCUGGCUCCUGUGGGGAACCUGCUGGACGUGACAAUCUCUGACCCCCUGACCAGCACCCAGGGCUCCAUGAAGGAUCAUAUCCCCUCCCUGUAUUACCACAUCCUGUACUGGAGCCGCUCUGAUGACCCUCAGGGUCUGAAUCCUAAAGUGGUGGACUCUAGCAACAACCUGGUGACUCUGCCUGAGCUGGAGGCCUGGACGUGGUACUGUGUCAUGGUCCAGUCUCGCUAUGACUACUACAACAAGACUAGUGGCAACACGGCACCACAGUGCAUGCAGACGGAGGGUGACACCCCGUACUGGCAGAUCUUCCUGUACUUCCUGGUCUCCAUGGUGGUGUGUUUCCUGUUCGUGUUGCUUCCCUCCUACGCUGCCUUCAGGUUCUACAGAGUCCUCAAAUACGCCUUCUACCCCUCCAUCCAGCUGCCUGCACACAUCCAGGAGUACUUCUGUGACUCCUCUCCCGGCUCCGACAUGCCCCACCUCCUCACUGCUGAGGCAGAGCUGUGCUGUGAUAAGCUGACCAUCUGUCCUGAGGUGGCGCUCCUGGAGAUACACGUCCCUCCUCCCCUCACAGCGCCCCCCUCAGAGCUGGAGCAGGACAGCGGCAGGCACAGCAGCCAGGGCAGCGGAGACUCUGGGAUCUACUCCACAGAGGGAGGCUCCGCCCAGCAGGGUCGUAGUGGUGGGGAGUCAAUCAGGAGAGACCAGGAAGUGGACUCCUGGCAGACACUGGAGCAGGUCAAGAUGGAGGAGAUGGGGAGAGAGUCGACUGACGAAAGAGUUCUGGACGAGGGGGUUGUGGAUGUGGGCGUCUGAGGAGAAAUGGAGAGAGACCAGAUCUGGGUGGAUAGACUGUCAAUGAUGGUUGGAGAUUUGUAAUGGGGAAAGGAGAAGGGUCUCACAGAAUGUUCUCUCAAGUCUACCAGUCUUGCUGCCUCUCCUCAAAGAACACUGUGAAGAUGAUGAAGUCUCUCAGAGCCAAAGACGCAUCGUCACCUGUCCAACCUACCUUAAAGGAAAAAUCCACUAAAGUCCCAACAUGUUUUCCAUGUCAACAGUCAAGUUUUCAAGAUAUUGGACUUUCAAGAAGCAAAGUGUCACUUGCCACAUGAUGAUGAUGCGUUUUGCAUCAUAUGAAAAAAUAAUGACAUAUAGUUUAUUUAGUGGAUUUUUUUCUUUAAGCAGUUCUGACAGGAUGGCAUGUUAUUCAUGUGAUUCCUGUCUGUUUUUAGUAUACCUGUUCACUGUCACAGUGACAGCUGCCUGGGAUGGUCUGGGAAUCCCAUGUUGCUUUGUGUUUUAAGGGUGUAGAAACAAGCUUAAAGGUGGGAGGGGAUUUGGGAUGGGAUCCCAUUGACUUUAAGAUGUCAAAAAGACCCCAGUCCACCUUUCUAUGGCCAUGCUGGAACAUGGUUUAGUGUAGUUUGGAACAGUCCAUCUCAUCUCAGACUCAGCUGGUCACUGACAAGGGCAUGCUUUCUGUUUCCGGUGAAUUCUGGGACAUUUGGUCCAUUAGCAUCUAUGAAUAGUGUGUGUGUGGACGUUUUUUUUAACCAGAAGUCCCCACAAGAAUAGUAAACAAACAAAAAUCUGACCAACUGGGGAAAUGUUGUUAGUCCCCACGAGGUCAAAUGCUAUUUCUAGGGGGUUAGGGUUAGAAUUACGUUAAAGGUUAGGGUUAGGAGCUAGGGUUAGUUUUAGGGUUAGGAGUUAGGGUUAAGGUUAGGUUUUUGGGUUAGGUUAAGAGUAAGAAUAGGGGUUAGGGGAAAUAGGAAUUGUGUGUCCCCACAAGGUUAGCUGUACAAGACUGCGUGUGUGUGUGUGUGUGUGUGAAAGAAUCCAGGGGGAAACAGGGUAUCUAGUCAUGUUUAAACAACAUGGUAUAAAUCACACACACGUGGUCGUAAUGCAACCUAUUUUACAGGCAAGACAUUUUCUUGAAAAGGAACAGUUCUGGUUAAUUCAUCUUCAAAACUAAUCCUGUCGUGUGUGUGUGUGUGUGUGUGUGUGUGUGUGUGUGUGUACGUGCCUAAGAUAGAUAAGACAGUACAUUUGCAGCAGCGUAUUUGGUGGGUUUGAAUGUGUUUGGCAUCAGUAUGCAUGGGUGAGCAUGGUGUGUGGGCGUAAUAUAGGGGUAUGUGUGUUGUGUUGUCAGUGUAAGUACUGUAUGUCUCAGAGGCCAGUGUGUGUACAUAGUCAAUGCAGGUAGUCCGGGUAGCCAUUUGAUAAGCUAUUUAGCUGUCUUCUUUAGCAGUCUUAUAGCUUGGGGGUAGAAGCUGUUCAGGGCCAUGUUGGUUCCAGACUUGGUGCACUGUGGUGGCUCGAGUCUUUCACAAUUUUUGGGGCCUUCCUCUUGACGCCGCCUGGUUAUAGUGGUCCUGGAUGGCAGGGAGCUCGGCCCCAGUGAUGUACUGGGUUGUACUCACCCCCCUUUGUAGCGCCUGGCGGUCGGGUGCCUUGUAGUUGCCGUUCCAAGCGGUGAUGCAGCCAGUCAAGACGCUCUCAGUGGUGCAGCUGUAGAACAGCCUCCUGAGGGGUCGAGGCGCUGUCAUGCCCUCUUCACAACUGUGUGGGUGUGUAUGGACCAUGUUAAGUCCUUAGUGAUUUGGACACCGAGGAACUUGAAGCUCUCGACCUGCUUCGCUACCGCCCCAUUGAUGUGGAUGGGGGCGUGUUUGCCCCUCCGUUUCCUCUAGUCUACGAUCAGCUCCUGUGUCUUGCUGACGUUGAGGGAGAGGUUGUUGUCCUGGCAACACACUGCCAGGUCUCUGACCUCCACCCUAUAGGUUGCCUCAUCGUCGUCUGUGAUAAGUCCUACCACCGUCGUGUCGUCAGCAAACUUGAUGAUGGUGUUGGAGUCGUGCUCGGCCACGCAGUUGUGGGUGAAC